CGAACUUGCAAAAGGACCACAUCGCAAGAUUCCAUUCACUAUUUGAUAUUAUUGUGGAAAUAAACACACAGUUCGUGUGUAUGUAUGAAUGAUCCUUUGUAAAGAUAACAAAAACGGUGUUUAUGCUAAGUUAUUUUUACCGCAAGCCUCUUUGCCGCGGGGAUUGGUUAGCAGUCGUCGGAGUUCGGCGCACUUUCUUACAGCAUAACUUCGUACUUUUCUAUGUGUAUCCAUUUCUCAUUGUGCCUCGUAAACCGAAAGCUUUAAUAGGAGUGUACGGUUUUUCUGCAGCUUUUCGAGCGUAUUUCGUUUUGGCUCUCUAGGGAAUAACUGCUAUAACGGAUAAAUACUAUGGUGGUUAGUUUUAAGAUAUAUGACCAGUAGAUGGCUUCUGAAUUCUGAAGCACAUUAAAAAAUAGAUUGAAUAAAUUAUCUACUUUUUUCGAAAAGUAUCUACUACAUCCCAGUAUCGUAGAUUGAGUAUUACCUUCGAAUAAGAUAGUGUCUCGUAUAAGUUUCAUUUGAAGAACGAUUUUGCUGUGUGUGGAACUAAUUUCCAAAAUAGUGGUUUGCUAACGGUGGUGAAAUCCAUUCGAGAGUAAAGAAACACUAUAUAUAUUUAUAUAUAUGUGAUAGCGUCUUGUAUAGAUUCGUCUCGUAAGAGUUUGCAGACAUAGUUCUUAUAUGGUUCGAUAACUUGUUCAAUGUGUGAAGGCUGCAAUUUAAUGCGGCACUUUUCUCCUGAUUACUUUAUCAAGCUGUACUUGAUUUUAAAGCACAGUUUUACACUGCCUCGUGUAGACAGCGGCUGUUUUUAUCAAAUAGAAGUGAAUUUAUCUAUGCACUUUAGCUUGAAAAACCUAUUCCUUUGAUUCAGCAGGAUAAGCGCAGGUUUCUUGGACAGCCUUGCCGUCUGCUCGAUGUUCAAACUUAUCUGGCUCUCAUCGAACCUACCCCUACGUAGAACUAGUGACCCCAGCUACAGCUCGACAACCUUUCAGGCUUGCAUGUAUCAAAAAAACGGAUUCGCUUUGAAUUAAUAUAAACCUAACACUAGAUACCUAGUCCCAUAUAUUCACGCGAAAGGUUUGUUUGGUGAAAACGUUUGAUUUUUUCAGAUCCAAAGUAGCGGCGCUAAAGUCAGAACUGUCGAAGUGCCAAUCCAGAACCGUUACUAGGAAGACUUAUCUAUCACUUAGCGUGCUACAAAGAUAAAAUGCCGUGAAACCAGACGAAAAAAUCUCAUUUGUGUUUAUCAGGAGAAAUAGUCUUCCAGGCUCGACAAUGGCGUUGCUAUUUUUUUUGUUUUCACUCGUGCCAUUGGCUUCGGCGGAAAUCUGGUGCUACUCGUGCGUUAGCAAUCAACCGGGGUGUCGCGACGGCGUCAAUUGGUACUACCAUCACGCAAUCACUUGUCCACGAGAGGACGACAAAUGCGUUAAGGUCAUCGAGAGAAAAGGAGAUGAGCUACUCUACACACGUGACUGUCUAUCAAAUCUUGAGGCGUAUCGUCACGACAUUCCUGCUGAUACGUAUGAGGGAUGCCGUGCAGCGGCGGAAGCCCCCAAACUCGCCGUUUUCGUUGAAAACAAUGUGAAGGAGUGGGAGCUUAAGAGGGACUAUUAUGACAAGGUCGACUAUUGUUUCUGUGAGUUCUGGCACUGGUGUAAUUCCGCGUCGUCUGCACAGUGGAACACAUCCCUUUUGGCUGGUUCAUUUCUGCUAGUGUGGCUCAGCCGAAAAUUCUGACGGCUAUAGAAUUUGCAGAGCUUGCUUUUAUAGCAAAGCCCGCGCCCGUCGUGAUGGACUUUGUCAGGGAAUUAGAAUUGACAUUACUAGCGAAACGAUCUUGGAACGCUGUUGUGCCUGAACGACAUUUAUAGCUACACGCACAUAACGGGACAACGGUCGGCAUCCUUGCUCGCGUUCAUUGGUGUGACGUUAAGAAUACAGACAUUGCGGCAUCUUCAUAGCAAGAUUGUAUCGCAUCUGCCGUAUUUAGUCCUCAAGAAGACUCUGACGGUUAGCACUGGAGCAAACUAGAAGCGUUAUAGGUGACUCAGUAAACAAGCAGUACAUCGAACUGCGAGCACUGAUCUUGCUGAACAUUGUAUACGAAAAUGACUGUGUAAUCUGUGCCAACACCAAUGGCUAGCGGUCGGUCAUCUAACGAGAGACGUGAUAUCUUCCAAUAUGUGUAGAAAGCUACAUGUGAUGAACAAAAUUAACCCGAAGUGUUAGCGUCGCUUUGUUGUGUGAAAAUGCAUAUGGCGUUAAAACCAGAGAGGCUAUAGGAAGGUCGCCAUGUUGAACGAAGUAACUGUUAUGUGGUUUCUCAUGUAGGAUACGAAAUUAUUUUGAUAGUAGGUGAAAUAUAAGCGUUUUCUAUGUGUCUAGAGUUACUGAACCCAAUACAGAUGCUUAAGUUCUUCUUGUGCGAACGUUUAGUUUUAUGAUUUUUCUAAUACAGCAUUUGAUAGUUCACAUUGUUUUUCGAAGCACACCGAACGCCAUCAUUUGAACAAAUGCAAAUGUUUAUUUUUUCAAAACAAUAACAAUGACAAAACUCCUCUAAGGGUUUCGUACGAUGUUGUUGGGCCUGCGAUUUGUGUGUUCGCCGUAUGAAAAAAAAAUAUAGCCAAGUUUAAACAGAAAAACAUUCGUUUUUUUGGUUCUCGAAGUAUGUCCGAAGAGUAUAUUCUCUUGUCUCGAUUAGAGGAUCUCCCGCCAAGCUACAGUUUUCUCUCGAUAGAACUACACGAAAACACUUAUUAAAAAAAAAAAUGCAGCGUCGUCGAUUCUAUCAAACGAUAGCUCGUAUAUUCGGAGUACACAAACGUGUAAAAAAUACAAAUAUCGAUAAUGAUUUCGGGUUUCGGUAACAAGUACAACAUUUAUAUAGCAAAGAAAUUAUAAAUAUGACAUGUGUACACAGAGGCAGUUAGUUGGGCCUAUUGGAGAUAUAGUUCAGGGUGUACAGCCUAGCUAUCAUAGUACAUUUAGUUGUCAAAUCGUAUAGAAGAGAGUUCGUGUAUGUUUUUUCAUAGGUACAUAUGGAAGACUGACGUACUGUACGACUGCCCCAUAAGCUUAGGUUAUGCCAUUUACACUUACAUAUAGGUGUGUUGCAAUAUUGACAAAUAAAGGUAUUUUUGUUUAUGACUAAUAGCAUCUAGUCCUUCUUCUGCCUUCGAAAGAUGCGUCAAUAAGCACAAAAUGAUGUAGCUCUUAUGCUCUAAGUUAGAUUUUGUAUGGCAAAGAAUAUGCAGGUCGGCUUAAUGGGAUCAAGUUAGCCAAGUGAGAUAUAAAUAAAUCUGUGCGUUUCAGCAGACCUGUCGUUCAUAACUGCAAUCAGAGUAGCUGUAGAAAAUUCGUUAUAUAUUGGUGAAGACUUCCCUAUGAAAUUACCUUUCAAAAAAGCAAAUCUAAAAAUGUAAAAU